GAAAAGUCUUCAGUUCAGCUGAAAUGUAUGCAGAUGGGACACUUAAAAGGAAUUAAAACUAUUUUACUAUAAACAGUUUUAAAGUCAUUUUAUACUUCUUCGUAAUAUACCAAACUUGAACAAAACUUUUAAAAAUUCACAUGUUUUCAAGGUAUUUUAUAUAAUUAAAGAUACGGUGUAGGCCAUCUCCAAUGAUGUAUAUGUCUGAAACAGAAGAUUAUUACUCCCACCAAGACAAGCGUCACAAAUGCCCAUACUGCAGCAAGUCAUUUCGCAAGACAUCACACCUAAAAGAUCACAUUCUGACCCACACAGGUGAGAAGCCCCACCAAUGUGACAUUUGCCAAAAAUCUUUUUCCAGGAAAUCAUCAUUGACAAAGCAUGGGUUUACCCAUCUGAACCAGAAGCCCUUCCAAUGUGACGUUUGUCAUAAAUUUUACACUGCAUUGUCAUUGCUAAAGGAACACGUAUUGACCCACAACACUAAAACCUACCCGUGUGAAACUUGUGGUAAGAUUUUUAUAAAAAAGUCUCAUCUGACUAGGCAUGUGGUCAGGCACGUAGGGGUAACGUUUUACCCACAAACCUGCAGUCAUUGUGGAAAAGUGUAUUCCAGCAUAUCUAAGCUCCAGCAGCAUCUUUUCACUCACAACGGAGAAGAGGCAUACCAGGUUGAUUCAUGCCAGGAUGUUUUCCAACAAAAAUCAGAACUGCAGCAGCACCAGCUUGUACAUGGCGAUACGAAACCUUAUCACUGUGAUGUCUGUGGUUUGGCUUUCUCUGAACCCUCCAGCGUAAAGAGACACAAGCUCAUCCACAUGAAAGUGAGAAGGUUUAAAUAUGGGAUAUGUAGUAAGCUGUCUGUGACAACGUCCCACUUUAAACAAACCCUCAAGUUGAAGAAAUCCUUUCUCGCUAAUAUAAAUUUAAGUAGUGUUCAAAAGACAAACACAGCUGAGGAAGACCAACAGCUUUACAGGUGUGACCUCUGUAAUGGGAUUUACGCACGAAGGACAUCAUUAUGGAAGCAUCUUAACUCCCACUUGGAUGAGAAAUCUUCUAAAGUCAGCAGAUGCAAUAAGCCAAUAAAUCUAAAACACAGGAGGCGAAUGCUAAGCAGCAGGUUCAAGGAGCGAUGUUAUCUCUGCUCUGUUUGCACCAAGUCCUUCAGUAAAGCAUCUCAUCUGAAAGAUCACAUGCUGACCCACACAGGGGAGAGACCCUUUGUGUGCGAUCUUUGCGGAAAGUCGUUCUCGCGAAGUUCAAUUUUGAAUCAGCAUAGAUUCACCCACGUUGACAUCAAGCCAUACGCUUGUGACACAUGCAGUAAGUCAUUCUCCGUGCCAUCUAUCCUUAACAGACACAAACUGACCCACAUGGCCGUCAAACCUUUCAGGUGCGAGGUUUGUGACAAGAGGUUCCUGCAGUACUCCUACCUGAAAAGGCAUGAGUACACACACAGGGAAGUAAAGCCUUACAGUUGUGAAGUCUGCUCGAAGGGGUUUUCGACGUCAUCAAAGCUGAAGUGUCACACACUGAGCCACACGAAGGAAAAGCCCCAUAGAUGCUCCGUUUGCGACAAGCAGUUCCCACGAAGUUCAUCUCUGAAGAGACAUGAGCUCACUCACUUGGAAAAUAAAGGGUGCAAAGGUUAUUUGAUUCAGGACGCCUCCACUAAUGAU